AUGUCUAUUGCAAUUCUUAUAUUGGUGCACCUCGUGAUUGGUUCUAGUACAUUUAUGUAUGUGAUACAGUAAGUUGAUAUUAGUUGUUUUUCACAGAAACAUACAUCGACGGAAGUGGCUUCCCUGUUAAGCAGACAUUCCAGACAUUCUUGCGUGACAAGCCUUGGGAGGUGGUGCUUUCAUUUUCCUGGUUGCAGAAUAAGAACAGCUUGUAUCCGCAUUUUUCACUCCCUACAGCCAUGUUUAGUUAGAAGUUGGGCUAACUCCAGUACCCCAAGCACCAACAAAAGGUAACUCUAAGUUGUUUCACUGUUUUAACACUGCUUAAUAUUCUACUCCUCAUUUUCUAUGCCGUAUUGGGCAGUCUGAAUACCAAUGCUGACAAAGCGUGAUAGAUGAUACAUCAAAUCAUUCUGCUUACGCAGGGCUUGGCUUUGCCAUGAUGCUAGUAAGCUUGACUUAUUUCUUCGCUCGUAUUCCUUACAUUGUUUGUGAGUUGUUCGUGCAAAAGGGGCUUAAAGCUGGAACACUGUUAAGCUACACAGCUGAGUGCUAUUCUAGGUUUCAAUGCGGGAUGGAAAUGUAAGUGAUCACGCAAGAGAAAAGAAAUUUUAGAACUGUAACUUUGAUAAAAGAUUAGUGAACUCGAUUUGAACUGCCAAAUAAAACCGAAGAUUGAAGCGGAUAUUACAAUUCUCUAAACUUUCUUCCGAUGAUGCGAUUACACUGAUUACAUUAGCACCCGAACUUUUCGUUGAUCGGGUGCCCUGGGGUCUUUAAUUGGCUAAAAAAUAAUGCCUAUUGAUUUGAUGCAGGUCUAAUCCAGUGCUACGAAUUUCUAGCCAUGGAUCAACCGAAUGUGAUAAAGAUGUGCAAUCAAGAGCGAUCACCCGGUAGGGCAUUUUGUUGAAAUAAAUAAAUAAUUUAUAUAGCGCUGUAUUCACAGUGCGUUUCCGAUUUACUGUUGAACCACUCUAUAACGUGACCGUAAAAAAAGUGACCGUAAGCGGAGGUUCGACUGUAUCUUAUUCCGGAAUAAGACUACGCAAAAAUUUGUGACAAAUCUCUCCAACCGCAAAUUUUCCUACCAUUGGAAUGCUACAUUUAUCUUAAUUGUGACUGUCCACGAGAUCUUUGGAUCAAUUUUGGCUAUGAAAGCCAAAACAAGUGAUUUUUAGAGUUUACACCCUGAAUUCUUAGUCCGGAAUACAUUUAAUUGAACGCAACAACACUUUACAAUAUUGCAAUAUUUAAAUGACAAAACAAUUAUAUAAUGCGCUGUCAACUAGAAAUACUUUGAAGCAAGAGAGAUUGUUUGAAGCGAGGAAGCUACAAGAUAUCGAUAGCGCCAAACAAUGUUUACAGUUAAACAAAUAAAUAAUUAUAUUAUAUAAUUAUAAGUCUUGGCUUAUAUUGGAAAGUAGACUCCUCAUAUCAGUUUGGAAGAGAGGUCCAUUCCGGGGUGGGGGGGAGGGGGGUAGUCCCUUAUAUAAGCUAUAUAGGUAUGUGCCGCCCCAUCGGGUAGGGUUUUUGCGCUGUUUUGGUCUGAAAACGGGUAUACACUUUGCCCAUUCUAGUCUGGAAUCGGGUAUGGUUUUUGAGGGAACUACGGGAUUGUAUGAACGUCUUUAUCGUUUCAAUUCCAAAUGAGUAAGAAAGAAAGAAAUAUAUGCGAAUUCGAAAUGGAUUUGAGUUUUGUUUGCGCUCUAAUCUAAGUAAUGAUAACAUAAUUUCUGCCUAAUGGCCAGGUCUGUUUUGCCCAUACCUAAAAUCUCCAGACCAGACUUUUGCCCACACCUUUUACUGUAAAAAACCAGACUUUAGACCAGUCCUAAACCUCUUGGCCCGCCGUGUGGGGGUGGUUCUUAAGAGUCCUCAUGGGGGCCGGGGGUCCAUAAAUUUAAUUACACUGGCCAGGAACCCAUAACUAAGAGCGAGUAACUUCCAUGCGCUCGCGUCAUGGGGUUUUUACGGACCAGUUUAUUUCUAGAACGGUUUUGGCGCGAAUCUUGAAUAUCUUCUAAUCAGCAAAACCUACAGACCUAAAAAUGAUAUUAUUUGCCUUUUAAUAACGUUUAGUUUUCCUUUUUGAUAUCUUAUACUUCGAGUGCGCUCACAGACAUGGUGGACAGUUCUAUUUUCGCGGGAAAAAGUGCCCUAAAAUGUGUCUAAAAAUAAACUGGUCCGUAAAAACGCCGUGACAUAGGCCCAGUAUGGGAGUUGCUCGCUGCGAGUUAUGGGCUCCUGACUGGUGUAAUAUCCCUUGAGAGUAAAAGUAACAGUGUACACGAGCCAAUAACCCAAACGGCGGGUUUCCUUAGGAUGAAGCAUGCCUAGGAGAUACGAGUGCUGUUAGGUAGUGUGUGGCGGGUGCCCAUUUAUACACCUGGGUGAAAGGCGACAAAGUGGAGUAAAGUUCCUUGUUUAAGGAAACAACGCGACGAGCGAGGCUUGAACCCCAGAUCUCCAGAUCCGGAGUUCGAGGUGUUAACCGCUCGGCCACACACGUCUCCACGCAAUAAAUGAAACUGCAACAAUUCUCCAUGGUUUAUCAGGUAGCAUGCAUAUCGACCCUAGAAAUAAUGUCAAAGUGUUUAAAAUGUUUAUAACAACUAACCAUAGAGUUCUUUAGGGCUUCACAAAUUAAAAUAGUUUAAGAGAUCUUAAGUUAGUUAAAUUGGUCGGGCUGGGAAUUCCAAAAAAGAGAAACAGCGAAUUUUAGGGACCGCAAGCCAUAUUGGGUGGUAUUGUCAGAGGAUACGUAAAGAUUACCAGAGUAUGAUUGGCGCGUUUCAUAGAACAGAAGUCAAGUAAAUUUAAAAUGCUCAUUGAAACGGCUGUGAUUUUCAAGGUAAGGUAAGACAAAAAGAGUUCUUGGUUGUAAAAAAGAUAUGAAAAUUUCUUGGGUUUUUAGUAAUUCAUUCAUAUUAAAAGACGUUACAUUUACAACCGUUUAAUAAAAGAGAUUCAUCAUUCUACGCUUGGUAUGUGAAAGGGGUACCAUUUCUCAACAUACUCAGGAAACUGAGGGGUACCUUUAAUUCCAGAAAUGGUACUAUUUAAAGACCUAUAAAAAGGGUUAGAGGUUCGACCUCAGAACGGAGCUUUCCUAUUAAAGAAUUCGUUUAGUUCCCCUCCUCCCCUCCCCGACUUUGCAUACUGAAAUUUCAAGGGAUUUUUGCAGCAAAUUUGCUAUUCCAUUCUCGUUCUCGUUCUCUGUUUCUGUCUCUCUUGGCUUUGUUUUAGUUCAUCUAACUACAUGUGGUCCGUUUCUUUUGUGAUGGAACCUUUUCUGUUUGUUUUAUCUUCGUCUAUUUUUGUCUAUCUCUGUUGAUAUCCGAUUGACUGUUAGUUUUUUUUCUUCAAUUUAGGUUCCAAGGAGAAUGAAAGCUUCACUAAAAAGGAGAAGGCAGCUUUGGGACUGUGGUGGCUGCUUGCUAUUCCUAUUCUGCCAUUCUUCUAUCUUUCUGAUCUGCAGGCCAAUUGGGUAAUACCUAUAGAUCCUGUGCUGGUAAUCAAGACCCUGAUAUUUCAGUGUUAUUUGCCUGCCAUAGAUGUACUGACGGAUUUCUGGACAGGAGCUAGUUUCUUCCUCAGCUGCCACGUUCUUUUUGGAUGGUAUACCAUCUCUGUAACCUUUCUCCCAUUUUUUGGUAAGCUUUUGUCCGAGAUUACCCAAAUAAUAAGAAUUAAACGAAAGCAAAGAAACCUGUUUAAUACCAUGUGGAAAUUUCUGAUCAGAGAUAAGUUGAAGCAAGUAUUGGUGCAGUUGCCAUUCAUACAGCCUGGCGUCACUUUAAGUCAGAUCAAGCAGUUAUCUCAACUAUCUGCUGAGGACGUCGAAGCAGAGAAGAUUCUCUUUCGAAUGGCCAACGACAGAGUCUGGGAGCCAUUCCUGGAGGCCGGACCCCAACUUGCUCUGCAAUUACUGAUCGUUUGGCAGACGGGAGAGGUAACAUCUAUACAAUGUGUCACAAUGCCUGUUAGUUGUUUUGCCUUGUGCUGGGCUGCAGCAUCGACAUUUUUUAAUAAUAGAGUCGACCACGGAAUCGCCAGUCCUUCAGUUAUCAGUAACCUGAUUGUCACAGCCAUAGUCUCUCUACUUGUUAUACCGCGGAUUCUCUAUUUUUCGAUCAUGGCGUAUUUAUCAGGAUACUGGGCCGCGAUUACAAUUGUAAGCACGAUUGCUGUCGUCUGGAUAGCUCUGAAGUUUUUCUCGGUUAAAGAGCCAAAACCUAAGAUGAAAUACGAUCGGGUUAAAGAUGAAUACGUUCUGGACCCUUGCAAGGGAUUCAAGCCAAUAAUGGACGAGAUCAGACUAAAAAGCACCUUUUUAUCUGUGUUUGCACCAACUGUUGUUGGAUUCAAAAGAUCCAAAAUACUUUGGGUUUCCUCAGUUGCCUCCAUCACUGCACUACUGUGCUCCCUUGGAUCUUUAUGGCUUUACUCGUCGUUUGGCAAUUGGGGACACGCUAACAACCCUUCUUUUCAAUCUUUGUCUUGCUCCUCAGAAAAGCCAUGCCUUAGGUGUCCUUUAAAUGAAACCGACGUCUUGCGUUGCUCAAAAGCAUCUUGGCCAACAGAACACAACAUGAGCUAUCAAAUCGUUCGAUACAAUUGGCAGUGUGGAAUCAAAAUAUGCAAAAGUCAAUGCAGUGACAACGGUGAACCCUAUGACAACUUGGUAUUUGGCUGGUUCCCAGCUCUAUUUUGUCUCAUGGUUUUAUCUGUUGGAUCUUCACUCUUCCUUGAAUAUAUGACCGACUUUAUCAGGCUGGAAAAAUGCAUCCCUUUAAAACACAACAUUUUCCUCAGCCUAGCGAUUGAACUUGAGGAGGAAAAAGAGGCCAACAACGAGGCUUUAAUGAGGAAGAAGCGGAUACUUUGGAGAGGAUACGUAAAAGAAGGAGAGGACGACUCAAAACUAUGCCGUUACGUCAGGGAAGGACAAAAAAUUGACCAAGCAAUCAUCACAGCUCAGCGUAAAGGAUUUUCCAGGAUAAACUUUGUCACAGCUACAGUGAACGAGAUGGUAGAUAUGCUCAGAUAUCCGUCACGUCAUACAAAGGCCUUACCGUCACGUCAGACGGAAAACAGUACAAAGGAUCACUAUGGCGAUAUGGAUUUAAGCAAAAAACAACUUUUGGACGCGUCGAAGAUUGGUGAUGUAAAACAAGUCUACAAACUGCUGGAAGGAGACGUAGACAUUGAUGUGCAGUGUCCAGACACAGGCAAUACAGCUCUCAUGUUUGCCGCUGAAAAAGGCGAUAAAGCUAUAACGGAAUUGCUACUAAUGGAGCAGGCCAAGGUGUUUUUACUCAACAAUCGUGGCCUGAGCGCACUGACUUUGGCUCACGAAAAGGGUCAUGCUGUUAUUGUCAAUAUGAUCUGUACAAGACUGGCAGAAACUAAAGAAUUAGACGCACAAAUGCUUGAUGCAAGUGAAAAGGGAGACCUAGCAACCGUUCUGGCGCUACUGAGCUUUGACACGAAUCUUUUUUUUGUGGUAGACAAGAUACACGAGAAAUCAAGCCUGCACUUCGCCGCUGAGAAAGGCCACUUUAACGUUGCGAGUUUCCUAUGUGAAAUGAUGCGCCUUAAACCUGAAGCGAUUAUGAAGAAGAACAAAUACGGAAUGAAUUACAUUCAUUCAACUUGUUUGGGUGGUAGCCUUGACCUCCUUCGACUGCUUCUGCCACUAAUUGAAAAGAUGAAUCGCGACGCCAUUGCUGAGGCAGAUGUCAACGGUCGCACUGCUUUGUGGUUCGCUGCCCGAAAAGGACACCUGGAGAUUGUUCGAGAACUUUUACCCAUUUUUUCCAGCAUCGAUCCUCAGAGUAUCAUCGCAAGAAAGACAGACGGCUCGAACGCCCUUAUGGCCGCAGCAUUCUUCGGCCACACGGAGACCGUGCGAGAACUCCUCCCUGUCUUCAAAAACACCGAUCCCUCAAGCCUCUUCGAGACUUACCAUGACUGUGACGACGCCGGCGAAAACCUAAUCUCAAUCGCAGAACUUAAGGGCCACGUGGAAACCAAACAAGUGAUUGAAGACUUCAUGAAAUCAAACAAUCUACCGCACCCUAAUGCAGGUCUUACGAUUAACAGUAAUUACUUGGUCGACAUUAAUCAGGUACACUCACAAAUGAAGACUUGGGUAUAG